AUGUCGAUCGCCGUCUUUGUUGGCCACACCGGGCAGUGCUUGAACCUCGAUCCGAGUACUACCACAUCCCUCGACGCUCUAAGGUCAUGGAUCACGUCGCAGACGGGUAUUCAGCCGCGUAGUCAGAUAUUGCUUACGGCUCAGGGGAAACAGGUCAGGAGCCAGACGCUGUUGACGGAAAGUGGGCUGUUCGUCUUCGAUUCGAGUUGGUUGAAUGGGAAGAAGGCUGCUAGUCCGUCGAAGGAGUCUGUGAAUAGUGCAGAUGGUGCCGAUUUUAGUCCGGGAACUGCGCCGGAUACGAUAGCGAAUCAGAACGAUCUGCAGUCAUGGCAGAACCUGUUCAGGUUGAGGAAGAGCUGGGCGGCGGGUCUGCUGAAUGGAUGCAGUGCGCGCGCGCAACAGGCGGAGCGAUAUCAGGAGGAGCAGUCUGUGAUUGAGCGCAGUGUCAGUGUGGCGGUGGCUAGUCUGCAGUUGCACAUCAAGAACUCGGAGAAACAGUAUGCCAGGGCAGCGGACUACUCGACGGAGAUCCUGCAGGACCAGCAGACGCACGCGGAUAACUGGGAGCAUAACUUGGGGAGUCUGAGGAGCAUUCCUGCAAGAGCAGAGUAUGCGCGCUUCAUUGAGCCCAUGGCUCCCGCGUCGGGCUCGAGGCGCAACUCGAUGCAGCACAUCACGACGCUGCAGGGUUUCGUGGAUGUUGUGACAGUGAAGCAGGCAGCUUCGAACACGCGAUCACAGACGUCUGGUCUGGCGGGUAAAGUCGAUCAGAUCCGCGACGAUCUUGACUCUGCGACGAAGGAUAGCAACGAUCUCUUGCAGGCCGUGGAACAGCUCGCUCAACGUUCGAUCGUGGAGAGCUCCACCGAACACGAGACGCUCAUCGACGAGAUCCGAGUUGUCGUCGACAAGAUGAGCAGCGACUUCGAACACGUCCAAGCUCUACCAAAGGCACCUCAACACAUCGCCCAGGCUUCCAAAAUGGCUCUCCUGCACACGAAGAGCUAUGUCCCGAACCUCCUCGACUACUGCAACGAGAUCAAUGAGUUGACGCAAAGAAGGAAGCAGCAACGGGAUGCUGCUGCGGAUACUGCUCUCGAGCAUAUGAGGAAGCUGGCAGCUAUCGAGCAGCAGAUAGCGAAUCUGCAACAGGAUGUGAGAGAAGUGGAAGCUUUCGAGACGCAAGAUCAAUCCCUUGCAACACUUUCUAUUGUCGCACGCCUGCCAUCGGUGUAUGGGCAGCUCUUGGUUGAGUCUGUCAGGCGCCGAGAGUGGGUCGCGAAGAUGAAGAGGGAUUCUGCUACGCUGCAAGAGGAGGUCGCGACAUAUCAAGAGGAAGAAGACAAGAGACGGAAGAAGUGGAUGCGUGUUGUGGAAGACAUUGUCCCAGCUGAGGCACUGCAAAGUCGCGUGCUUAGUAUCGAGCUUGGGCUUCAGAAUGAAGGUGGCAGCUGGCCGAUGACGACAAGGGAUGAGUUGGACGAGUACCUGCAAACGAUUCUAUCAGUCCAUGGACAAGGACCUGUCACGGAUGAGAUCGAGCAAGCAAUCAAGGAUCUGGACAAACCCACACGCAAGCAGAUCAAGCACGCACGAGCUUUCAAGAACGGCAGCAUGCAUGAAGCUGCAUUUGGCGACACGUCACUCCUGCUGCGCGGAGAUGAGCAAUACAAAGGCCUACGCGAUAGCAACGUGAGGCUGGAAGAAGAGCUCAAAGCGCAGAAGAGCCGUGUACGCAAACUUGAGGAUCUCCUUCAUCGUCAGACACAGAGCAGCAGAGCAAGCACUGGUGAUGUGUUCACGCCCUCUAGUGAAGGCCCUUUUGCUCGGCCGUUUUCCACGCCGCCAGUGGGCAAUUUUGCGCCCCCUCCUUCGGACGACAUGAUUCGCAAUCCUCCUUCGCUGAUCAAGCAGCGGAGGCCAUCAACAGCGGGUCCAGGAGCAGAGGAGAAGAGGCUUGCGAAGCGGGUGGUUGAUCUUGAGGCUGAAGUGCAGUCGUAUAAAGAUGAGGUGACAUCUCGCAAGAACUCCGAUGCAGAGUUUCAGAAACAGGUUGAGGAAGCUACAUCUACAAAGCGAGACCUGAUGGAGAACAUGGACGCGCAGCAACGAGAGUUCGCUGAAGAAAGGCGCAACCUGGAGAAAGACCUUGCAGAUAUGCGAGAGAAACUCGAGGAAGCAGAGAACGAAGUCGAACGUCUACUAGGCUCUAGAGAUGGCGUAGACGGUGAGAUCGCCAGACUCAAGGAGGACGCUGCUGGUCAUGCUGCCAGAGCUGCGACGGAGCAUGAUGCUCGAAGUGCUCUGGAACGCAGGUUUCAAGUUGCUGAGGCUGCCAAAGCUCAAGCUGAGGAAGAGCUGCAGAAAGCACGUUUGCAGCAAGAAGAGAAGCGAGAGACAGAGGCAGGACAGUUACAGUCCCUCGCGACUGCACACUCACACCUCUCGCCGAACGCAGAAACACCAGAUGGUCUCGUCGGCUUGGCGACCGCGCUCGAGGAACUUGCUCGCAAAUCUGCUGCACAUGCGAAGGAUUUGGCGGAAGCUGUGGCUUUUGCUAAGAGCGAGAACCAGUCUCUCUGGUCGAGCAAUGAGCGUCAGAAGAGUGAGCUUACCGAUGCCGAGCAGCGACAGAGCGAAACUGAACAGCAAGUCCGGGAAGUACAGGAGAAUUUGUCUGCUGAAGAGGCGAAGGCGAAGUCACUCGAAGAGCAGCUCAACGAGGAACAAGAACAGCUUCGCAUGCUGCGCAGCAAGUUUGCUGAAGGCGAGACUGGCUCAGAAGUGCUACGUCAACGCGUCACAGACGAGGAAGACAAGGCGAAGAAGCUGGCGUCCGAGCUGGCAGAAGCCAAGUCCCAUAUCAAUAGCCUCGAUGUCGAACUCUUCCGGCUGCAAAAGAAGCACAAGGCGCACCAAAGCUCAGCAGAGGCUUCUGCCGAACGUCUAGGAAAGCGGGCAGAUCGCGCGAAAGAGGUGUCGCAAAAGCUUUACUUGCAGAACCAGCGCUUGGGCCGACUCCUUGAACGACUGGGCCUCGUCAUGUCAUACCAAGGUGAUGCUAUGACGAUCGAACGUGCGUCGAAGAUGGCUGCUAGUACCGUGAUCAUGGACCCGCAUUCACAGAUGAGCAGACAAGUCUCGGUCACGUCGCCGCCGCCGACUAGGAAGUCUUCGACGGCAGAUAGUGAGUCUGCGAACGAUCUCCGCCUGCUUCAUUGGCCUGACGCGGCAAGUCUGGAAGAGGAGAGUGCACAGUAUGAGGCAUUCUUGAACCACAUUUCGCGCUUCGAUCUGGAUGUCUUCUCGGAUGCGGUCACGAAGCGAGUCAAGGACUUUGAGUACACGGCCAAGAAGUAUAGCAAGGAGGCGAAAGAUUCUACGAAGCGGGCAGAGGCGUAUAAGGAACGUGCUGUCAAGCUGAGGAAUGAGGGUCACGCGAAGAUUGCAGUCAGAGACUUUAAGGAAGGUGAUCUUGCACUGUUCUUGCCGACACGAGGUGGACAGGUCAAGGGUGCUUGGGCUGCCUUCAAUAUCGGAUGUCCGCACUACUUCCUCGCGGAAAGAGAAGGCAUGAGACUCGGCACGCGAGACUUUAUCGUCGCCAGAAUCCAGAAAGUCGAGCAGAAAGUCGUGGACCUAAGCGGUCAACGCGCCUCGCACCACAACGACAACAGAAGUCUCGGCGAAGCAUCCGACGCGCCCUCAUCCAUGAACGUCGAAGACGACAACCCCUUCGACCUCUCAGACGGCCUGACAUGGUGGAUGGUCCACGCCACCGAAGAACGCGGCGCGGGUGCAGCACCCACCACACCCGGCCUAGGCAAAUCGACAGUGGCAGCCGCGAACGUCGACGCGAAGGGCAGCAUUCGAAUCAAACCCCGCAGCAAAGGCGACGAUGCUAGCAAGCAUCUUAAUAAGAGCUUGGAUAGUCGUCGUAGUAGCUCGACUUCGAAGAAGGGUGUGAAUCUCGCCUCCACGCCUACUACUGCGGCCGUGGCGGUUGAUACGCGGCAGAGACCGGAGAGUAAGGCUAGCUCACAGGAUAUGAGGCCUUUGCCAGCACCCGCGGGGAGUGGGUUGGGAAUUGUCAGUACGAAUGAUUCCACGAUGACGAAUGCUUCGGCGAGUACGGAUAGGACUUUCAUGACUGCUAUGCAACCCCCUUCCACCGUUCCGCAGCAGCAGCAGCAGCAUGAUCAGAUCCGGCACGUCUCAACAACACCACAACGUCCCACCUCCUCCGGCCGCACCGCUGACCGAGGAGGUGGCGGUGGCGGCGGCAUGUCACCACGCACCCGCUCCAAAUCACCAUCGAAAUCUGUCCGAUCUCUACAGCAGCAUCUCGAUACAGCACCGAAACCCUCGCCGGCAAAACAGCAGCAGAAGAAGUCCGGGUGGGAGAGUUUGUUUUCGGCGGAGUUUUCGUUGGAGAGUCCUACGAAGGAGAAGAAGAAUUUCGGUUGA